AUGAUAAUUAAGAGAUUGAAGCAAGAUGAAAAUCCUUACUGCCACCCAAUAGGUAAAAUGUUCAUCUCACUUUUAAAUAUUAAAGGAUGGGAUAGGAAUAUUUUAUUAGAAAAAAUUCUUGAUUACGCAGUUUCUAGAUCUCCUGAAUCUGCAAAAAGUCCUCUUAUCGCCUAUAUCUUUAAUGCAAAGUCUAAUUGGGAACGAGACCAUGGAAAUCAUGAGUCAGCAAGAACAUAUUUGAUAAAGUCUAAGAAAAUGCUAGGACGUUCUAUGUCACAAAAGAAUAAUCAAGUAAAAAUGAUUGAAAGGCAGUUAAUUGAGGUUGAAGAAGAAAUUGCAAUGAAAAACAGCGAGAAAUAA